GGACGGAGAUAACACAGGGCGGGGGGAGUCUGGAAGACGAAAGACCAGAAGAAAAAGCAUAAAAAAGAGAUCUUUCGAUUUGCCGGACAGCAAUCACGGAGCAGUACUCGGACCCAACACCCACGUUGUCCUCCCUCGUUGUUCAUGAGAGAGAAAGCGAGAGAGAGAGAGAGAAGUACGAUAAAUAGCUGUGGGUGGAUGAAUGAGAAACCCGCCAUCUUUGCUCUCUCUCUCGAUUGACUCAGCAGUCCUCAAUCUCGCCCACUUCUCCGAUCUCUCCCCGCUCCCCGAUCACGUCCUCCUCGAUCUGUUCCUAAGGACAUUGAGAGCUGGAAAGCUGACUGAGAGGGUCCUGAAGCUUUUCUUGGCAACAGGAAAAGAUGAGGUUCUUGCAUUCAUCGAGGCCCUAAAUAUUCAUCCUGUCCUUGUUCCUGUCCUUCCUACCACAAGCGUUAAGGAAAACGAGGUUGAUAUUGUGAUUGGAGCGAUCCAUCCUGACCUCACAUCCUUUAUGAAUGAAUGGAGAUCCGUUUUCUCCCGAUUCCACCUGAUAAUUGUCAAAGACCCUGAUCUUAAAGAGGAACUUAAAAUACCUGAUGGCUUUGAUGUUGACGUCUACACGAAGUCGGACAUAGACCGGGUUGUUGGUUCCUCUUCUUCAAUUUCAUUUUCCGGAUACUCAUGCCGCUAUUUUGGUUUCCUUGUGUCUAGAAAGAAGUAUGUUAUAUCGAUUGAUGAUGACUGCGUACCAGCUCAGGAUAGUACUGGUAAUUUUGUGGAUGCUGUGGCACAGCACAUAUUCAAUCUUACCACCCCAGCCACGCCUUUCUUCUUUAACACACUCUACGAUCCUUAUCGCAAGGGUGCAGACUUCGUGCGUGGCUAUCCAUUCAGCUUGCGGAGUGGCGUAGCUUGUGCUUUGUCAUGUGGACUUUGGCUCAAUUUAGCAGACUAUGAUGCCCCCACACAAGCUCUUAAACCAGGGGAGCGAAAUGCUCGAUAUGUCGAUGCCGUUUUGACCAUUCCAACAAGGGCUAUGAUGCCAAUGAGUGGAAUUAACAUAGCCUUUGAUCGCGAGGCGGUAGGUCCAGCCUUGUUCCCUGCUCUGAGGCUGGCUGCUGAAGGGAAAUUUCGAUGGGAAACCAUAGAGGACAUAUGGUGUGGAAUGUGUGUUAAGGUUGUGUGCGAUCACUUGUGUUUGGGCGUGAAAAGUGGGCUGCCUUAUGUUUGGAGGAAGGACAGGGGAGAUGCUGUAGAGAGUUUGAAGAAAGAGUGGGAAGGCGUGAAGCUAAUGGAACAUUUGGUGCCUUUCUUUCAGUCGGUGAGACUUCCCCGAACUGCAACUACAGCCGAGGAUUGUGUGGUCGAAAUGGCAGGGACUGUGAAGCAGCAGCUUGGACCAACAGAUCCUGUGUUUACCCGUGCUGCUGAAGCCAUGGUCGAGUGGAUCAGGAUUUGGAAGGCCGUUGGGUUGGGCUCCCCGGGAAAGUAGAAGUCCUUAGAGUAAUGGCUACAUUUUCUCAUAAUUUUUUUUCUGUUCACUCGAGCACAUCUCGAAAAUUUUAUGGUCCAUUCUGACUUGUUACCCCCAGUCAAGUACUUAGAUUUGUGCAUUUGGAAUAAAUUAUGUGUUGUUUUUGUGA